AUGGCCGCUCCGACGACGGUCGUGGUGGCGGCGGCGGCGGCGGCGGCCACAGCUGUAGCCGGGGCUGUGGCGGGGGCGGGCGCGGCCACUGGGGCCGGCGUGGGAGCAACGCCUGUGCCGCAGCAGCAUGAUGGCUGUUUUGGUACUUCAGGUGGAAUUCGUCCUUUUCAGCUUCAAAACUGGAAGCAGAAAGUUAGUCGGACUAAGAAAGCAGAAUUCAUACGUACAGCAGAAAAAUUUAAAAGCCAAGGGAUUAACAUAGAAAAAGAUAAACACAGUCAUUUCUACAACCAAAAAAGUGACUUCAGAAUUGAACACAGUAUGCUGGAAGAAUUGGAAAACAAAUUGAUUAACAGCAGGAAAACAGAAAGAGCAAAAAUCCAGCAACAACUGGCCAAAAUACACGACAAUGUAAAGAAACUUCAGCAUCAGUUAAAAGAUGUGAAGCCUACACCUGAUUUUGUUGAAAAGCUCAGAGAAAUGAUGGAAGAAAUUGAAAAUGCAUUUAACACUUUUAAGGAGGAGCAGAGGUUGAUAUAUGAAGAGCUUAUCAAAGAAGAGAAAACAACUAAUAAUGAGUUGAGUGCCAUAUCAAGGAAAAUUGACACAUGGGCUUUGGGUAAUUCAGAAACAGAGAAAGCUUUCAGAGCAAUGCCGAGCGAAGUUCCAGUAGACAAAGUGACACCAAGUACUCUUCCAGAAGAAGUGGUAGAGUUUGAAAAACUCCUUCAGCAAACAGGAGGGCGACAAGGGGGCUGGGAUGAUUAUAAUCAGCAGAGCUUUGUAAAGGUGAGAAACAAGCAUAAAGGGAAGCCAGCAUUCGUGGGAGAAGUCCUAGAACACCUUCCUGGAAGAACACAGGAUGAAAUUCAACGGCAUGAGAAAUGGUAUCAAAAACUCCUGGACCUAGAAGAAAGGAAAAAAGAGUCUAUUCAGAAUUGGAAAACCAAAAAGCAGCAAAAAAAGGAGGAAAUUUUCAAGUUAAAGGAAAACGGGGAGAAUGUACCAAUGCUUUUUCAUAAUAAACAGGAAGAUAAUCAAAAGCAAAAAGAAGAACAAAGGAAGAAACAGAAAUUGGCAGUUGAAGCUUGGAAGAAACAGAAAAGUGUAGAAAUGUCAAUGAAAUAUGCUUCCCAGUUAAAAGAAGAGGAAGAGGAAGAGAAAGAGAAAAGGCAGCAGAAAGAGCGUCAAGGCCAAUGCAAACUAAAAUUGCUGCUAGAAACUUACACCCAGCAGAAGCAAGAACAGGAAGAAUUUUUGAGACUUGAAAAGGAGAUAAGGGGAAAGACAGAAAAGGCAGAAAAAAGGAAAACUGCUGCUGAUGAAAUUUCUAGGUUUCAAGAAAGAGAUUUACAUAAACUUGAACUGAAAAUUCUAGAUAAACAAACAAAGGAAGAUGAAAAGGCAGAAAAACAAAGAAAACUGGCAAAAUUAAAAGAAAAGGUUGAAAACAACGUUAGUGGAGAUCCUUCUAGACUUUACAAACCUACCAAAGGUUGGGAAGAAUGGACCAAAAAGAUAGGACCAACAGGCUCUGGGCCACUUCUACAUAUCCCACAUAGGGCUAUUCCAACCUGGAGACAAGGAGUUUAG